AAGAAGCCGCAGCCCAUGUCGAGCGGAGCAGCCGGAUCGGAGACCGGCCCGGGCACGGAUCAUGAGCUGCCCAUGCAUCAUCCGCCGCCGCAGCAGCAGCAGCAGCACGAGGUGGUCUUGGCCGUGGCUGAGCUGCAGGCGCCAGCGCCGGCUUCGGUGGUCGUGGCCGCGGCCGAGGUGCCGGCGCCCGUCUCGGUGGUCACCAUCGUGAUCUCGCAGCCGGAGGAGGUGGCGCCCGAGCCCAAGGCCGUCGCCCAGGCCUCCCGGGCCCCUCUGGAGGCCGGGGACGACGUAGCCAUGGCCGCCUUGGCGGCCGCAAAGGAGGCGGAGCUGGCCAGGUCCGACAGCUUCGACGAGCAAUGCAGAGUUUGUCAGCAAAAGUCGGAAGAACCUUUGGUAGACCUUGGAUGCAGAUGUCGAGGUGAUCUUUCAAAAGCUCACCGCACAUGUAUUGAUGUUUGGUUCCGUACUAGAGGUUCAAACAAGUGUGAGAUUUGCCAGCAGGUUGCUGUUAAUAUACCCCCUCCAGAGACGCAAGCAAGUACAAGUUAUUGGGUUUGGAGGGUUGAUUCAGCUUAUGGAAGGGGACGAGGAGGACGUGAAAGGGGUUGGUUUAGCCCACUCUGGGUUGCAUUUGCAAUUCUGAUUGGUGGUCUCUUAUUGGAUGUGCUGAUAUCUGUUUCUCUUGGCGUUUCUACCCUUCCAGUGAACAUAAUAAUUGGCGUUCUUAUUGUUCUCGGCUUGGGCACUGCCCUUCGACUAGCUCUCGAAUGCUGCCAGGAGUUUGGCUCACGGAGAAGCAUGCCAAGGAUGGAAAACAUGGCACCCAGCGGGUACCACCCAGGGGUAUAGUUAGGCCUGUAAAUAGUGUAGAGGCACUAAGUUUGCGUCAGUGCUUUGGAUUCUCCUUUUGGGUAGCUGGUAGCUCUUACACGUAACACAUUGCUCCACGAAGACGAGCUCAAAUUCAAAGCUUGUUGAUUACAAUGAAAUCAAACUCUGACAAUGUAAAUAUGGAGCUCCUGAGAUUUAUUUUUCUCAAGCUCAUGUUUGUUCUGACUCUAUUAGAGAUAGAGCUGCCCUA